UCGGAAGGAGUAGAUGGCGUUUGAGUGAACGAUAGCAGCGCCGUUUGUCUCUCUUGCGGCAUUAGUGCUAAGUUGUGAGUCAAGAGAGAGUUUUUUCCGAGGGAGUCUCACCAAAACAUCCUAUUUAUCGUAGCAAAUACCCCCAAAAAUGCCCCAAUAAUCCGCACAAUCCCUAGCCAGAGGAGUAGCCAAUAGAAGCAGACUGACAAAGUGGGAGCCGGUAGUGUUCAGAUGCGAGAAAUUGUGAGAUACUGAGGAAGCUAACCUCUGUGAACCCGAAAAUCUCGAUGUGGCGUUGAUUUGAAAAGAGCAUUAGCCCAAAAAAAGAGUAAAUUGCAUAGAAAAAAACAACAAUCAUUCGCGGGAAAACAAAAGCCUCCACCGUGUCGAGAAGUGUGAUCACUCGCAGUGCUAAGCGGAGGAUGUACCAGCAUCAGAAUCUUAUAUCCUUUCCGCCUGACGCCAAUCGGGUCAUGUCGGCCAAUAACAAUGGGAUGAUGAAUUAUGUGGCCGGAUACCCACAGGAAGUGGAUGUGAAACUAAAGAAGUUGGCUUUCUUCGAUAUCCUCGGAACUUUGGUGAAUCCGUCACUUUUAACACCGACAUCAUCGCAGCGUCUCCAUGAAAAUACCCUCUAUUUUACUCUGUCGCCCAGCCAGGCUACAGAUAUCGCCAGCAAUCGGGACAUCAGGAAUGUCUCGAGAGUGGACUACACUGUACAGGUACAAUUGAGGUUCUGCCUCAUGGACACAACGACUGAGCAGGAUGACUACUUUCCACCCAACAUCUCUGUCAAAGUCAAUGGGAAACAAUGUCAAUUGCCGAAUCCCAUUCCGACAAAUAAGCCUGGUGUUGAGCCAAAACGUCCACCGAGACCUGUAAAUAUUACUGGAAAUGUAAAAUUAUCGCCACUGGUUCCGAACACUGUUCAAGUCAGUUGGUGCACAGAAUUCAAUCGCGGUCAUGUCGCAUCAAUUUACCUUGUGAAGAAAUUAACUUCCAUGCAGCUUCUGCAGCGACUCAAGACAAAAGGGAUUAAGGCUGCUGAUGUCACAAGAGCACUAAUUAAGGACAAACUGAAGGAGGAUGCAGAUUGUGAAAUUGCCACCACAAUGCUGAGAGUGUCAUUGAUCUGUCCGCUCGGGAAGAUGAGAAUGACAACACCAUGUCGAGCAUCUACCUGUUCUCACCUGCAGUGCUUCGAUGCAUGUCUCUAUCUCCAGAUGAAUGAAAGGAAACCCACGUGGAACUGUCCAGUGUGUGAUAAGCAAGCGAUUUACGAGAAUUUGGUCAUUGAUGGCUACUUCCAAGAGGUAAUUGCCUCAAAAAAUCUUGGAGCAGACAGUAAUGAAAUUCAACUCCAUGAGGAUGGAUCCUGGAGUGCUCAUGUCCUAAAAUCUGACACACAAGCUCUGGACACUCCUGUUAAAUCAUUAAUGGCUAAUGUUGAGAUUAUAUCAGAUGACUUAGUAAUAUCGACAAAAUGUGCAAGUUCAGAGAAUGCAGCCAAUAACCAAGGAGCAGCAGAACCAUCUUCUACAACGGGAGAAACGGUGGAUUUGACAUUGAGUGAUUCCGAUGAGGAUUUACCACUGAAGAGGAAGCAAAAUUCUGGGAAUUCCAAUCGUUAGCAGAUUUAGAUUUCAUUAUUUUUUUGGUUUAAUUUAAAACAGAGAAAAUCUCAAAAUCACAAACCUCCCCCCAUAAUGAUUUUUUUUGUCACAUGUGAAAAAGAAA